CGCGUGGUUCGAGAUCCACAGACACUGAAAUCCAAAGGCUAUGGCUUUGUGUCGUUCGUGAAGAAAUCGGAAGCGGAAAAUGCAAUAGCUGCCAUGAAUGGACAAUGGCUCGGAUCGAGAUCCAUCAGGACAAACUGGGCCACUAGGAAACCACCGGCAACCAAGGCAGAAUUGAACGCCAAACCGCUCACUUUCGACGAGGUGUACAAUCAAAGCAGCCCGACCAACUGUACCGUCUACUGUGGCGGCGUUGGCGGCACGCUGGCCGGUGGCCUGAGCGAGGAGAUCCUGCAGAAGACGUUCUCCCCGUUCGGUACCAUACAGGAGAUUCGCGUCUUCAAGGACAAGGGUUACGCAUUUGUAAGAUUUUCUACUAAAGAAGCAGCUACUCACGCCAUCGUAGCGGUACAUAACUCGGAAAUUAACGCCCAAACGGUUAAAUGUUCUUGGGGUAAGGAGAGUGGUGAUCCCAAUAAUGCUCCUUCACUGGCAAGUCAAGCCCUGAGCCAGGCCGGUUUUCCCUUCAACACGGCGUACGGUCAACAGGUGGCUGGCUAUUGGUAUCCACCAGCACCGACCUAUCCAACUACGCCGGCACCGGCCGCCGCACCGCUCCAGGGACAGUUUCUCCAGGGUAUGCAGGGAUACACGUACGGCCAGUUUGCCGGUUACCAGCAGGGUUAUAUGGGAAUGGGAAUGCAACUGCCAGGAGCAUGGCCGGGGGUUCCAACCCAAGCCCAGAUCCCUGCUACCGCACAGCAGCUGGCACAGGCCGGCGUAGGUGGUGCUCUCCCGCAGGCCGCCGGAGUCGUCGCCUAUCCGAUGCAGCAGUUCCAGGUGAGCCCACAGAUACAGUCACUGUUAGCUGACGAUGAAUGGCUAGCGCCCAGCCUACUGGUGUAG